AAGAACACCAGUCGCGUUUUAUUUUUGUCGGUGUAUUAACGUGUCUCAGGAACAUUUAUUGCGAAUUUGGUGUUUAAUUCUUUAUUUCGUUGAAUAAGAGUGUGAUUGAAAGUUGUGAGAAAUGUCACUAAAAGUGCUUAUUAAGUGCAAGGCAUUGUGCGUUAAAUCUUAUAAAAAUCAUUGCUAAUUGUUAAAUUUUGUAAGUGAAAUAACAUGAGGCUGGUUAGCAGAAAUUUUGAUAAGGGCGCACAGGGUUCCGUUACCCUGAUACCGGAAGAGCCCGAAGAUAUGUGGCACACAUAUAAUCUGAUUGCCGAGGGCGAUCAUGUGCGCAGCACCACCAUACGAAAGGUGCAGAAUGAAUCAGCGACAGGCUCGUCGACCAGCAAUCGUGUACGCACCACACUAACAAUAGCUGUCGAAUCCAUAGACUUCGAUACACAAGCAUGCAUGCUGCGCUUAAAGGGACGUAACAUCGAAGAGAAUCAAUACGUCAAAAUGGGCGCCUAUCACACACUCGAUCUGGAGUUGAAUCGAAAAUUUGAACUGCGCAAAGCCGAAUGGGACACAAUAGCGCUGGAACGCAUUGAAAUGGCCUGUGACCCCACACAGUCGUCCGACUUGGCGGCGGUCGUGAUGCAAGAGGGCUUGGCCUAUGUUUGUCUGAUCACCGCAAGCAUGACAUUGGUGCGCAGCAAAAUCGAAGUGUCGAUACCGCGUAAGCGCAAAGGUCACACUCAGCAGCACGAGAAGGGGUUGAUCAAGUUUUACGAGAGCGUCAUGCAAGGCAUAUUGAGACACGUGAACUUUGAUAUAGUCAAGUGUGUGCUGAUCGCCUCGCCGGGUUUUGUGCGUGAUCAGUUCUUCGAAUAUAUGUACCAGCAAGCGGUAAAAGCUGACAUCAAAAUACUGCUGGACAAUAAGAGCAAAUUCAUACUUGUGCGCUCGUCAUCGGGCUUCAAGCAAUCGCUUAAAGAGGUGUUGCAAGAUCCCAGUGUAAUGGUGAAAAUAUCCGAUACCAAAGCCGUUAGAGAAGUUAAAAUACUGGAACAGUUCUACACAAUAUUGCAUUGUGAGCCCGCUCGUGCAUUCUAUGGCAAAAAGCAUGUGUUGGAAGCCGCCAAGGCGAUGGCGAUAGAAACCCUACUCAUUUCGGAUAAUCUAUUCCGUUGUCAGGAUGUGAAUCAACGAAAAGAAUAUGUCAAUCUAGUUGAGUCCGUACGUGAUGCAGGUGGCGAAGUAAAGAUAUUCUCCAGCAUGCAUAUAUCGGGAGAACAACUCGCCAAUCUGACUGGUAUAGCGGCUAUUCUGCGUUUCCCCAUGCCUGAACUUGAUGACAGUGCUGACGAAGAUGAUGAUGAUGAAGACUCUGUAGAUUCAGAAUAAUUUUUAUGCGUAGCUUAAGUGAGCUUUUACACAUCUAUGUUUAAAAAUUGAGUAGCUAAUAGUAAUAUUUAAACAAAAAACAACAACAUUUCGACAAAUAAUAAAUUUAACUAACUUACAUAUUAAGAAUAUCUAAAUUCGGUAGUAACGAAUAAUUCUAAAGUAGUUCGUGUGUAGUGUAUGUUUUUUUAAAAUCAAAUUAUACAUUUAGAGCUGUUUAUAUCCCGAUUCGACUACCGAUUUCCAUAAGAUUUAAAUAAAGUAAUAGCACUGUUAGAAAAUCUUCAAA